AUGUUAACAACUGUGGUUUUCUUGAUUAAAACGACUUUGUCUUUGGAUGAUACUAUUGGUUUCAAAGAUGGAAAAUUGUUAGGGUGUGAAGAGCUCUCUAUAUUUGAGAUGAACAAUGUUUCCAAAUUUGAGAAAAAGUUUGGUACAAUGCGGCACUCCCUAAAUUGGCUCAAAAGGAACGAAGCAGUCACACUUCAAAUUUUAACAACUGAAGUUCGGAGGUUGAACAAAUUGCAGAAGCUCUGUGACUUGAUCCCAAAUGCUGCAGAAUUUCAGGAUCCAAACGCCCAACAUGAUCCAAACCAUGUAAACAAUGCUGCUGUCGGAGGGUUACAAGGUCGAAGGUCCUAA